AAUGAAAGAAAACAAGGGAGAAAGAAAAUAGAUAAAAAAAUAUUUAUAGAUGGAUUAUCUGAAAAAUAUCAGUGUGAUUGUUUCAAAAUAAAGUGGGGUUAUUUAAAAAGGAGGAAAAGUGAUUUGGGAAAAAUAAAUAAAAAAUAAGUGAUUUUAAAAUCAAAUGGAGGAGAGUUUGAGUAAUAGAAUAUAAUAAAAAGAUAUAUAUAUAUAUAUAUAUAUAUAUAUAAAAUAAAGAAGGUGGGGAACAACAUGAUAAGGGUGUAUUUUAAAAUGAUAAAUAAAAGAAAGUUGAAGACAACAUGAUACCGGUGUGUAUGGAUGUGAUAAUGAGAGUGAAACAAACUUGGUGAGUGUGAUUAAAUAAAUAAAAGUGGGAACCAACCCAUGUGGGUGGAGGUGGUGUCAUUAAAAAAGAAAAGGAAGGAGGAUUGGUAUCCGUGUAGGUUUAUCAAAGACAGCGGUGGCAGAUAGCUUCAUGCCACUGCCACAGUGACCAACUACACCACAUAUGAAGUAACGAGUCCUGGUGGCCUUGAGAGGAAUGCUGGUGGACCCACUACUGUCUGAGAGUUUCAAGGAGUUUCACGCGAAUAACAUUCGAGACACUUCCAGGAUUAUCCUCCAGAUGGGUGCUGUGUUGAUGUUCGGUGGACAAAUGCCAGUAAUCAAGGUGGGAAGAAUGGCUGGUCAGUUUGCGAAACCCAGAUCGGAUCCAUUUGAAGAGAAGAAUGGUGUGAAGCUUCCGAGUUACAGAGGUGACAAUAUCAAUGGAGACGCCUUCGAUUUGGAGUCGAGAACUCCGGACCCACAGAGGUUGAUCAGAGCCUACUGUCAAUCUGCAGCAACUCUCAAUCUCUUGAGGGCUUUCGACACCGGAGGGUACGCCGCCAUGCAGCGAGUCACCCAGUGGAAUAUGGAUUUCACAGAGCACAGUGAGCAGGGAGAUAGGUAUCGGGAACUAGCUAACCGAGUUGAUGAGGCCCUUGGAUUCAUGUCUGCUGCUGGACUUACAGUUGAUCAUCCUAUCAGCAUAAUCAGUCACCCCCCUUGCCCAUGGAUGUGUAUCUGUGUGAUAUAGCAGAGAGAGAGCUUGUGUGUCGUCUAUGUGUGUGUCUGGGUUGACUGGGUG